GGAGGGCGGAUACGGUAUACAGAUAAACGGAGUGUGUCAACUAUCCGUAGCCAGUUUGGCUCAAAGUAUUUUCGUCAUUGAGAGGCCCGCGCGAUCCCGCGCAGAGCCACCCCUGCCCAGCUUUGUCCCUGAACGUUCCUGCGAGCCAUGGCGCUGCCCAUGAAGACCGCGAUGAAGACCGGCAUGAAGACCGCGAUGAAGACGGGUAUGAAGGCCACGAUGAAGAAGAAGAAGAGCAUCAUCGCCAAGGGCUCGCUGGCCAAGAGCCAGGUGCUGAAGGGCGCAAAGAUGAAGACUUCUGGGGGCCUCACUAAGGACAAGCUCAUGAAGAAUAAGCGCGGCAAGGUCGUGUCGAAGAAACAGCAUGCGGCUGGCAAGAAGAACUAUGCUGGGUUGAAGAAGUGGACCGAGUGCGUAACGAAGGCCAGGUCGGCACUCGGCCUGAAGGGCUUCGUGGCUGUCAACGGCAAGAAGCCGGAGGGCAAAGCACUCUACGCCAAGGCCAAAGCUUUGUACGCCCAGGCGUAGUGAUGGAUCUCUAGGGCACUCGUUCUCGGCAGGAUGCGUGGUCAUUCAUGACACACUUCUUCCUCCGCCGGUCAUGCAACGUCCCCGUGGUUAGCGGGAGCUAGAGUUGGCUGUAGGGUGCCGUGAACUUCACACGGCCUCGCGAAUGGGUGGCUGCGCUGGGCGAGCGAGCGUGAAGGAAGAAGGCCAAACCGCACACAGAGUCCCAGGGGCAACAAGGUCAGUGGCGCUCCGUGCUGGCUGGCAUCUGAUGCCCGUGGCUGUCUGCUCUUUUUGCCCCACGGUUUUCCAGCUCGGCCCCCGCCGCCCCUCAGAGGGGCGGGGCCACCACUGGCCCGGGCCGCUGGCCGCGACCCCGCGGCGGCGUGGAUAGCGAUGUGAUCGCCGCUCGUGACCUCAGCAGCCCUGGAUCCAUGCUGCGAGUUCUUCUGCGAAACGCCCCGUCCCGAUUUUUCGCGACGCCAUUUUGUCUGGGCGUGCACCUGGGG